CCAGCCGGGCAGCCACCGCAGACGAUCCCUAGUUCCGCGUCCCCGACCCGAACCCUCGAGUUCGCACGGGCUCCGGCCAGAUUCGCGCGGUCUAAGCUUCGAAUCGGCGCAUGGAGGCAGCAGUAGCCGCCGCACUCAAGUCGCCCACCGCCGCACGUCCCUCGUGGCGGCCCGCGGCCCCGGGCGCCACCUCGCUCCCCUUUGACCGGAGGCGCAGCUUUGCCUUCGGCUCCAUCAAGGGUCUCGGGCGGCAGCAGCUCACCUCUAGGACUAGGAGGCGAAGCAGUGUGGUCAGGGCCUCCUGGUCCCCCUCGGAGUCUCUGCCACCGUCCUCGUCGAUGGCGCCGCUCAGGAUGGAAUCGCCCGCGGGGCAGCUACUCUCCCAGAUUCUUCACACGCACCCGCACCUGCUGCCUGCCGCCGCCGAGCAGCAGCUCGAGCUGCUCCAGACCGACCGCGAGGCAGAGAAGAAUAAGGAUAAGGAGAGCGAUGCUGGCGACAAGCUGGCUCCGACAGGUGUCGACCUCGUGCUGUACAGGCGGAUUGCUCAAGUAAAGGAGAAGGAACGGAGGAGGACUUUGGAGGAGAUACUCUAUGCUCUGGUUGUUGAGAAGUUUGUUGAAGCCGGCGUUUCCUUGGUUCCGGCACUCUCACGCUCCAUCGACUCUUCUGGAAGAGUUGAUCAGUGGGCAGAAACUGUGGAAGGAAGGCUCCAGCGUUUGCACUCGCCUGAGGCCUAUGAAAUGAUCGAGAACCAUCUCGCCCUCAUUCUGGGGCAGCGUCAGAGUGAUGCCACUAUUGCAGCCAUAAGUAAGCUCCGUGUUGGCCAGGUCUAUGCCGCAUCUGUGAUGUAUGGCUAUUUCCUGAAGAGAGUUGAUCAGAGGUUUCAGCUCGAGAAGACAAUGAAGAGCCUCCCUUGGGGAUCAGAAGAGGAAGACGGCGCUUUGUAUCAAGUUAUGACGACCGACUCGAUGCCUUCAGCUCAGUCUUCUAGCUCUCACCCAGAGAUGGGCUCCUGGACCGCCGCGCCUGACUUCAACGCAGGAGGUCCUAGCGAAUCUAUCAAGCCUUGUCGCCUUAGGUCGUAUGUCAUGUCAUUCGAUCCAGAUACGCUUCAGAGGUAUGCAACGGUCAGGUCAAAGGAGGCCUUUGGUAUCAUCGAGAAACACACAGAAGCGCUAUUUGGGAAAGCAGAGAUUGUAGUCACACCUGGAGGCACGGUUGGUUCAUCCAAGGAUGAGCACAUUAGGAUAAGCUUUGCCGGGCUGAGAAGGCUGGUCCUGGAGGCUGUUACUUUCGGAUCAUUCCUCUGGGACGUUGAGAGCUUUGUGGAUUCCAGCUACCAUUUUGUGACCAGCUAAGAUUGUCAUCCUAAGUAAAGAAAGGUUCGUGGUUUACGUCUCUGGUCUGAAUGUCUGUGGGCUUCGGAAAGACUUGUACAAUGAUGCUAGGCUGUUACCACACCCCUUACUGAUGCGAUGGUAUCAAUGAUUUGCGCAGUUCUAUGGCAUCGCAUUAUUUGUAAAGACCAACUGCCAUUAUCCUGAUAUUUAGCCGUUAUGUUCUAUUAACAUCUGUGCUGCCCGGGGGGCGUAGCGAUGUAUUUUUUUGGCUAUCCCCUCUGCAAAUUGUAAGAGGAAUUCUAGGCUCAUAGCCAAUUCUUUGGCGAAGCUAUUAUUCUCGUUUU